AUGUUACUCUCAAUUAUUGGCAUUUUGGCUGUUAUGGGAUGCUUCCUUUUCCUGGCUUCCUACCAAAAAAUCGGGACCAUGCUUUUUCUGCGAAUUAAUAAUGUUGUCGCAGUUCUAUGCUUUCUGCUAUAUUCUGCUACCAUUUUGACUCUUCUGAUAUUAGAUGCGAAAGGAAUUUUCCUUGACUCAGGGAUUCUUCUCUGCCACGAUCUCCAAAGUGAAACUUAUAGGAACAUUUUAUUGUAUACAGCCGGUAAAUAUUAUUUGAUAAUUGGCCUCUACCUGAACGAAUACCCUAUUCGAGAGGGAUUCUUCACUAUUUGUGAAGUAGUGUGUCACAUUCUUUUCCGAGGAAACCAUCCCCAAACGAAUUUCAACAGAAUAGUCACUCGACUCGGUGGUGCAACAGUAAUUCGAAGCCGUAGACCAAACAAUGCUCCUUCCAGACGUGUUUCCAGUGUCCUUCCACUACCGUACCAGACUAUUGAAGAAACCACAGCUAUAAUUUCUAACAGACCAGCCAGAAGAACUACGAGUGGACCACCGCCAGUGUACCAAGCAAGCAGCGACACAACCACAACUCACAAUAGCGGAUUGUCUGCAGAAUCCCGUCCAUUAAGAGAUAACGAGGCUCCACCUUCGUAUAUGGUAGAAUAA